AUGGAGGUUAGCUGGCUGCCGAAGGAGAAGCCAGUUACAUGGCACCAGACCACAUCCCAGUCGUAUUUAGACUUGCCUGCCGCACCCCAUGGCAAAGAUGUGAAAGAUGCGACCUCCUGCACGGGGUACAGUCCCUGCAUCUCCUCAAGACCCAGGAAGGGACUGCCACUGGUCGCUGCACUUGCUACAGUGUCAGCUGUCAUCUUCCUUGCCUAUCUGUGCAGUUUGUCAAUUCGAGGGAGACUGUCCAAACGAUUAUUUGUGCGCAAACUCGCCGGAGGCGAGAAUGCCAAGGAAAACAAUGAGACAGACCCGUGCGUCCCACACAGUGACACGGACAUAGACGCUCUUCCAGGUACCCCAGAACAACCUAGCGAGGGUCGUAACCCUAGCGCACAUGGGCUCCUUCGUUACCCAUCUUGGAGUGGCGAAUCGGGGACUGCAUAUCGUAUUCCGGUGUCGCUAAUGGGUGCUAGUGCUGCUCCUGUCGAAGGCCUUUACCGUGCAGCAAGACCCCAUCUAGGACCAGCUGAAGAGAAGAGGGGUGAAAAGAGAAAGGAAAGAGAAACCGAUGGUGUAGGGCGUGGGGCCAAGGUACAGAAAUUGGAGGCACCGAUUCAUCACAGCCUUCUUGGACCAUCGGUACCCCACCUAGACCCUGCACUCGAUUCACUUAUUGAUUUCACCUUAUCUGAAGGCGCACGUGUAUUAUACGGGAAUAUGUGGCUCCUUGAUGAUGUUGCCUCUCCCUAUGUAGUACCCUCAAUAUUGGAAAGUGAAGAUACAACGCCUGCAGAAAUGUAUGUAGGCCAGCAGAGCCAUGGUGCGCCUAUGCCAGCAUCCACAAUCUCGACUCCACUACUACCUGGGAACCUGUCUACUCUGGAUAGCAGUGACCCGCCCGCCAUGAGUCCGUUGAGCUUUUUCGAGUCGGUGUUGUCAGAAGCCAGCCAGAGCACUCCGGGUCUCUACGCAGAUGAUUGGUUGUUGAGUGGCGAUGCGGAGGUUGUGCGAGAGGCAUUGGGCCUGAUAGACUCCCGAGCGACACCUUCGAUGCUGUUAGGUAGUAGAGGAGAAAGCCAGAAAGGGGCAGGGCCUCGCGCCAAAGUAUUGUCUGGCGCUACCGAAAGCCAAAUGUAUGUGGGGGCACCUUCCUGCUCGAAAAUAUCAGAACGUGACACUCACUUGGAGACAGUCCAGGAACCAGCAGACGUAUCCUCUGGCAUGCCUUCCACGUCUACUGAUCCUGAGAGCGGACGGGCAGCAGGCGUUCUGGAAUCAACUUCUCUUCGAAGUUUAUUGCCACGAUCUUCUACUGGGAGCACCCAGUCUUCACCAGGGGAGGACAGUCAUGCUGCGCAGCUGGUCCUAGCUUCGCAGGCUCAGGCUGCAGCCGACAACCUCGUUGCUUCACGUGGUUGGCUGAAAAAGAUGAUGAUGGGUGUCUCUGAGCAGCUUCUCAGAACGCAUCCGUUUUACCGUCUCCCUGAGGUAGAGCCAUUGCUUUCCGGGCGAAGGUUUAACAAUCUUAGAGAAGACGAAUACCGUCCUAAGGAUCAAAAGCUAAUCUGGUUGCUUUCGAAAUGCAGGAAAUUACUGACGAAGGAGCGGUUAACGACCAGCGAAUUAGAAGUUCUCCUGGAAAAAACAGAGCAACUGUACAGAUACGCAACAGGACCCAUGCCUACCUAUAAAAACACGAGACCUGCAGUUGAAAUUUUGGGGAGGGUAUUUAUGGUGCUGGAUACGCUAUAUUGUGCACUAGAGGUGCUUGGAAAUAACGCUAGGAGGGCUGAUUUGUGGCCCGCUGUAGUUCAUCACAUACAAAACGCAGGGUAUCACGGAGACUCCAAGAGACCCGUUUUGGGGAAGACGUAUUCGAGCUCCUCCGUA